AUUCUACACAAAGUACUGGCCGUUGUUAGAUACACGGCAGUUCAUAGUUUGUGUAGCAAUAAUGAAGAGAUGUUUUAACUAGGCAAUUUGUGUUGAUAUCACCCAAACUGGGAAAUGUUCCGUGGAAAUUUGCCAAGUCAGUAUAACGGCAGUGGAAUGCCAACCGGACAGGACUACAACCCCAGCUACGCCGGUCGUGGCAUGCCUCUACCUGGACAACCGGGGCAACCAAGAAUGCAGGUUGCGGGGCAGCCUACCAGCGCUGUUCCAGGUGCACAGAUGUCAGACAUGCACAGGUUUCAAAAUGCAGGGUACCCUGGGGGAUCUCAAGGCUACCCUGGAGGCCAACCUGGGGCUUAUGGGAAUGAUCCUUAUGGAUACCCACAGAGUAAAAUGAUUGGAAUCGGGGCCGGGAACUCUGCGUAUCAACCUCUACCAUCCAGCAUGAGCACUGGAGUGCCAUCGAGUCAUAUUUACCCAUCAUCAGGUGCCAAUCAACCACGUGGUUACUUACCCGGUGGCACUGGAGACUUAUCUACAUCAGACAGCAUAUCCGCACAGCAGUAUCGUUUUCAGCAAGCAACGGCAGCCAGCCACAACUGGCCAGGCGGGAAACCCUCUGGUGAGAUGCUGCAGGUCUAUGGUUCAAGCGACACAAUCGGUACGAUGUAUAACGGCUCACAGUUCAUGUCAGGUCCUGGGAUGAGUGGUGGACAAUCAGGGGAACAGUCGACUGGUUUACAAGCCCACAAUCGAUUAUCGUUGACAGGGCAGCCCUCCUCCAAUUAUCCUGGUGCCGAAACAGCUCCUCCUGGUGGUGGAAUGCCCUCAUACCAGCAGCAGCGAUCCGCGGGGGCUCAAUACCAAAUGCGACCUGGCAUGAACACGGCUCCCCCGACCACCCCAGGUCCCACAUCCAUGUACAUGCCCCAAUAUCCCGGGCAAACCCCACAGCGAGUUCCAGGCGUUCCUCACACUUCAAUGUAUAGUUCCCUACAAAGGCCCAGCACCACUCAAAUCAUGUCAGGUCAAAAACACCCUGGUGGCACUGCCGGGCAGUACGACGAUUCUGGCGUACAGUUGUCCAUGCAGCAGCAACAGGCAAUGCAACAACAACAGCAAAUGCAGCAGCAAGGUCAACCCACCAUGCAGGGUGGUGCACCUGGUGUACAAUAUCGACCAAAAAUGGGGCCCAGUAGCGCACAUACCCACCCAAACCAGUCGUCUCAGAUGAUGGGUGCUCCAACCCACCCUCUUCAGCAAGCAAUGUCACCACGCCAAGGCAGUCCCCUGUCACCCAUGCGUAACACAAGCCGACAAGGAACCAAUUUACCCCCAGUUUCCCCUCAAAUGCCAUCAUCAAGGACUACCCCACAUCAAUACCCCGCCCCACAAGCAUCACCCCACAUUCACCCACAAGGUCCUAUGUCUCCCAUUGGAGGUAGGUUACCCAGCUACUCCCCUAAACAGACAAUGAACCAGCAGUAUGCUAAUGCCGGACCAGUUACCCCAAACUUUAGGCCGAAUGUUACCCCAUCAAAAACCCCAACCCCCCAUGCAGAUCAAGGCAUGAGAGGGUUUAAAAGUCCAACUCACAUGAUGUCACCCCCACCCCCAUCAAAUCAAGGUCCCACACCUGUUUCUCACCCACAAAUGCCACGCAUGCAUGCUUCUUACAAUGGCGAUGUAUCAAUGCAACAGCAGCAGCAACAGCAUGGGUACUACGGACCAACUGGGCGUUACCCACAUGGUACCUGGCAGGGACCACGUCACCCAGGUCCCAGAAUGCCCACUUCUCAGUCCCAACAAAGCCCCAUGCGCAUGCCGAGACAGAUGAUGCCGGGACAACCCCAACAGCAACGUUAUUCUCAACCACACCAAGUCUACAACACAGCAGGCCCACAACCCCCACCUACAAGUGUGAAUGCAACAUCCCAAAGUCAGUAUGGCUUCCAACAAGUCUUAGUUUCUCCACCGCCAAACCAGGCACACAUAGAAAGAACCAACUCCGUCACAAAUGGGACUCUACCUGUUCCCUCAACAAUAGCACCUCCUUCGCAACCUGGGCCUGCUCAAAACUCUGAAUUUGAUAAUGACUUUAAUUUAGAAAGUAUACUAGGUGAUCCAUUAGACACAAGUGGUAGUUUCAUGCAGCAACUGCAAGAAGUAGCUCCUUCAGAACCACCAGCUAACACUGAAGCCAAACCAUUGGACAUACCAGAGCCCACCCCUGCCACAGCAACCCAGCAAGUUAUACCAGAACCCAAACUUCCUGUGGUAGAGAAUCCACCAAUUGAGCCGGCAACAUUAGAUUCAGCACCUCAGCCACCAAAUCAAGCAGAAACUGCAAUUUCUGAGCCAGAUCAGCAAGCUGACAGUGAGGCCGCUGUAUCUGAUAAUCCACCAACUGAUAACGCCAGUGUUGCCACAUCAGAAACAAAUGAACCUGUAGAAAAAGAAGCUCCCCUCUCUGAAAACCAAAGUGAAAACACUGUAGCAGUGGAGCCUCCACCUCAAACUGCAGAACAAGAAGCUGCUCCUGGCAUCACUGCAAUUGGCAGCACUGCACCAUUGAAUGCAACCGAACCCAUACCAAACAACCAGCAUAACAUGGAACAGGCUGCAACAUCACUAUCACCGGUAAAGCAACAAACAACUCCUUCCUUCUCAGGACCAGAACCCGUGCCAAUAUCAAGCCCUACAGCGGAACCAAAGACAUCCAACUUACACCAAAACGCUAUUUUCCCACCACAAACUGUAACCUUCCCCCCUGCCCCCACAAGUGCAGCACCCCCAUUUCCGCAGUCACCCCAAGUCCAAGGUGCUUACAGACCAGGAAUGGCACCCACCACAUCAACUGGUCACCCUGUGCGUCCCAUGCAAGUUCACCCAAGUGAUCCAUCUUACUCCAGCCAUUCAAACCAAUUCAGGCCGGUUCAUUCACAUUCUGUACAGGGAAUGCCUCCUCGUUUACCCCACUCUGGUGCCCCACCUGGUGUUCCAACGAGCAUGCACCCCCAUGAGAACCCCAUGGUUCGUGGCCCCCAUUACCCUGGACUUCACCCCCAGCACCAAUACCCACCUCAUCACCCCCACCAGCCCCCGCAUGGACCCCAUCCAUACGGAUACGGACCCCAACCUCAGACAGGCCCCUACCCUCAAGGUCCUCAUGUUCGACCCCCUUACUCACAAUCUGGUGCACCCAUGGGUCCACGUGGGUACAUGGGACCGGGUCAACGUCACCCUUACCCUGGCCAACCUGGAAUGCAUCCCAACCAACAACAGCAUCUACAACAACGGUUACAGGCUUUUCGACACGAGGCCCAACAGCUCCAAGCUCAACUUCAGCGAGUCCAACAGGAGGAGUCUGAAUCUACGGAGCAGCAACCUCCGGAUCAACCUCCAAGAUCGGAUCAGAUAAGAGGAAGAUUAAUGGAGGUGGAUCGCAACAUCCGACAGAUCAUGUCUCAACUACACAACGCACAACACCAUGUACAGCCUGGUAUGCCGGAUGGUGGACCCCCUAUGACCCAACUACAAGCCCCACCUGGGUUUUCACCCCAUGAUGCUGGAAGCCCCGGGAAAAUGGGGGAAGACCCUAUGACCCCAGGUGGUAAAAAGAAACGACCUCGUAAACCAAAAGUUCCCAAAGGAUCAAAAGGAGAAGGAGAAGGAAAGAAAGUGAAAGCUCCUCCCAAGAAAAAGAAGAAGAAGGACACCGAUGAUGGGAGUGAUGGUGGACCUGGUGAAAAGAAAAAGAAGAAAAAGUCCAAGAAAUCUGACAAAGAAAGAUCUGCCGUUGUUUCUGAAGGUGGGGAAUCGGGAGAUGAAACCUCCGGAGACAGCAUGACAAACGAUGUACGAGAUGAAACUUUCAUCCCAGAUCCAGAUGAAUCUUCCCAAUCCCAUCUUAUUGAAAUUGAAAAUUCAAAGAAAAUCAAAUCUUCAGCUAACAGGAAAAGAAAACCCCCUGCUACCUUAGUGAAGCCAAAGAAAAAACGGAAGCGAGGUUACGACUCUGGUGACGAGAUGAACGCCACUGACGCUGUGCAUACUACAACCCCUCCUGCUUCACCAGAUGAAAGUCUUAUUGAGAAGCGAAGAUCUGGUCGUAACGUGAAGAGGAAGAGAUACACAGAGACGAUGGAUCUUGCGUUUAGUGGUGAUGACGAAGAUGCCAUCAUCCCCGAAGUAACAGAGAAGAAACAUCAACUGGUUGAGAUGAAUGAUGUUCCUGAAGAUGAAGAGAUCAUGAUUGUUGAUAAAAUCCUCUGUCACCGCAUCCGGAAGAAGCGAGUGAAGAGGAAGUCCGAAUCUCAUGAAGAACAUCCGGAAGAACCUGUUGUUGUUACGGACACAGAUGGGGAAGCAGUGAAGACAGGUCCGAUGCUCAGCCCUACAUCACUUAAGAAUCCUCGCAUCCGGAAGUUAUCAAUGGGAGCACAGGAGGAGGAGGAGGAAGAGGAGGUGGAGGGAGUAGGAGAAACAGAGUUCUUCCUGAAAUAUAAGAACUAUUCCUACCUCCACUGUGAGUGGAAACUAAAAGAAGAAGUUGAUGACAAACGAUUCGAUCAAAAACUCAAGCGUUAUAUUGCUAAGAACACCAACAUUGUGGGUGAACUUGUUUAUCCUGAAGUCGAGGACGAUGAAAUUUUCAACCCCGACUUUGUGGAAGUUGACAGAGUGUUGGAUGUGAUGGUGAAUGAAGAUAAAGAAACUGGGAAGGUGACUCGGCACUUCCUGAUCAAGUGGUGUUCUCUUGCAUAUGAGGAUAGCACAUGGGAGGAAGAGGAGGACAUUGAUAAGAAUAAGAUCUUCGAAUUUGAGUCCAGAUGCAAGUUCCGUCCCCCAGUCAAGAAAAUGAGCCGUCCACACAAAGACAUGUGGAAAAGAUUGUCAGAGGACAACACUGUGUUCCAAAACAACAACAGACUUCGUGAUUAUCAGUUUGAAGGAAUUAACUGGCUGUUAUUUAACUGGUAUAAUAAACGAAACUGCAUACUUGCUGAUGAGAUGGGUCUCGGUAAAACUAUUCAAUCAAUUACUUUCCUGCAAAAAAUAUUUGAUCAUGGAAUCAGGGGCCCUUUCCUUGUUGUCGCCCCCCUCAGUACAAUAGCAAACUGGCAGCGUGAGUUUGAAUCCUGGACAACAAUAAACGCAGUUGUUUACCAUGGUAGCCAAACAAGCAGGGACAUGCUACACACUUAUGAAUGGUUCUGCAGAGAUGAAAAUUUGGAUGAGAUCCCUGGAUGUUACAAAGUUCAUGCAGUGAUCACGACGUACGAGAUGAUAGUACUAGACACCCCGCAUCUUCGGGAUGUGGAUUGGAGAUGUUUGAUCAUUGACGAGGCUCACAGGUUGAAGAAUCUUUCGUGUAAACUCGUGGAAUCUCUUCGUUUCAUGCAACUGGAACAUAAAGUCUUACUCACUGGUACACCACUACAGAACAACGUGGAAGAAUUAUUUGCUCUGCUUUCUUUCCUACAACCUGAGACCUUUAAUUGCCAGCAAGCUUUUUCACUUGAAUUUGGCAAUUUGAAGAAUAAUACCCAGGUGGAGAAGUUACAGGAGCUCCUGAAGCCGAUGAUGUUACGCAGGUUGAAGGAAGAUGUGGAGAAGUCGUUGGCUCCUAAACAAGAAACCAUCAUAGAGGUUGAACUUACCAGUAUACAGAAGAAGUAUUAUAGAGCGAUCUUGGAGAGGAAUUUUGAGUUCCUUGCGAAAGGAACAACGGGAGGAAACGUUCCUAACUUGAUGAACACGAUGAUGGAACUGAGGAAGUGUUGCAAUCAUCCUUAUCUUAUUAAAGGUGCGGAGGACAAGAUCAUGCAGGAGCAUCGGGUGAUGAGCAAUGAGCAGAAUCCUUUACAAGCGAUGAUACAAAGCUCAGGAAAGCUCGUCCUCAUUGAUAAGUUGCUUCCAAGGUUAAAACAAGGGGGUCAUAAGGUCCUCAUCUUCUCCCAGAUGGUGAGAGUCCUUGACAUUUUGGAGGAUUAUCUUGUGCAGAGGAGUUAUUUCUAUGAGAGGAUAGAUGGAUGUAUUCGUGGUAACGAGAGACAAAUGGCUAUUGAUCGUUUUAGUAGAAAAGGUUCGGAUCGUUUUGUCUUCCUCCUUUGUACAAGAGCAGGAGGACUUGGGAUCAACCUCACCGCAGCUGAUACCGUCAUCAUCUUCGAUUCCGACUGGAAUCCACAGAAUGAUCUUCAGGCCCAAGCUCGUUGCCACCGAAUCGGGCAACAGAAACCUGUGAAGAUAUAUCGGUUGAUCACUCGUAACUCGUAUGAGAGGGAGAUGUUCGAUAAAGCGUCGCUCAAGUUAGGACUCGAUAAAGCUGUUCUUCAAUCUAUAAGUGGAAGGCAAGACCAAAUCACAAGCCAGACAACGGCUCCCCAGCUCUCGAAGACUGAGGUGGAGGAUUUGUUGAAGAGAGGAGCAUACGGAGCAAUCAUGGAUGAUGAUGAUGCGGCGAGCAAGUUCUGUGAAGAGGACAUUGAUCAAAUCCUGGACAGAAGAGCCCACACGGUGACACUAGAGUCCGGAGAAAAAGGAUCAACAUUUUCAAAGGCAAGUUUCGUUUCAAACGUCGACCAAUCUGACAUUUCAUUGGAUGAUCCAAACUUUUGGGAGAAAUGGGCAAAGAAAGCUGAUUUAGAUCUUCAGCAACUAAAAGAUAACAAACUGAUCCUUGAGAUUCCUCGGCACCGGAAGCAAACGAGGAGGUUUGGAGGAAACUCUGAUGAUGCUGAGAUCUUCGCGGAGAUCGGAUCGGAAUCGGAGGACUCUGAGUACGAGUCCGGAGACGAAAGAUCAGAGGGAAGAUCCAAGAAAUCCAAGUUCCGAUCCAGAGCUGGAGGAGCAGGUGGAGGACAGAGGAAAGGAUGGGGAAGAAGAGAUUGCUUCCGGAUCGAAAAGUGUCUUCUCACUUAUGGGUGGGGUAGAUGGAGCGCGAUACAAACUCGUGGUCGUUUCUCGGGGAUGAUUUCUCAUGAGGAGCUCGAGGAAUUAUCACGAAUCGUGCUCAUGUACUGUCUUAAGUAUUAUAACGGGGAUGAAAAAAUUAAGUUUUUUAUGUGGGAUCUCAUCACACCAUCAGAGGUUGCUCUCACAACCGGCAUCGAUCUUAGAAACCAUGAAGGACUUUCUGCUCCUGUUCCUCGUGGUAGGAAAGGGAAGAGAGCGAAGGAGGAAUCAAACUCGGGAAGACACAAGGAUGAACAGAUGAAGAGAGAGUGGGCAUCGGAACUUGAUCUUGAGAUGCUUCUUCCGGAUGAAGGAUUCAGGAAACAUCUUCAACAUCAAUGCAACAAAGUCCUGCUCCGAGUCCGGAUGUUGUAUUACCUCCGGACUGAGAUCAUUGGCAACCUAAUCACUGCAAUUGAUGAAGGAGUCAAACCAGAGGCUUUGGAUCUUGAGAUAAUUGAUCGAAUACAAGACCCCCCUACUGUGUGGUGGGACCAUGAGUGCGAUAAAAGCUUGUUGAUUGGAAUUUACAAACAUGGUUAUGAGAAAUAUAGUUUAAUACGAGCUGAUUCCUCCUUGUGUUUCCUUGAGCGUGUUGGACCACCAGAUGAAAGAGCUCUCGCUGCUGAGGCAAACUUUGAACCAGAAGACACAGAUGGUGAUCCAGAGUACAAACCAGCCAGGCUAACGUUUCCUGAGAUAGACUUUGACGACUCCCCAGCACCAGGUACUCCAAACACUGAGCCUGCAUCUCCUGCAUCCAAUGUUGAUCCCAAGAGCAAGAAAGAUGAAGACCAAAAAGAUGAGGAUGCAGUGGUCGAUGAAAUCAAGAGGAAAACUGCAUUAGAAGCCGCAGCUAGUAGUGGAGGGAUGGAAUGGCCCACGGUAUCUGAACUCAACACGAGGUUACGACGCAUUGUUACUUUAUACCAGAAGCAACAUAAGCAUAUGCAGCAACGUUUAAUGAACAUUGAACGAAGAUGUGGUCGUCCUCGUUACCAAGACAACCGAGAUUCUCGGCGACCAGUUCUUCAAACUCGAUGGACGAGAAGAGAAGAAGCAGAUUUUUAUCGCACAGUUUCCACCUUCGGGAUCGAGAGAGAACCUCGUUCGGGAGAGUUUCUAUGGAGGAGGUUCCGCAACAUCGCUCGUCUUGAUCGGAAGACAGAUGAGAGUUUACGAAGUUACUACAUCGCUUUCAGGAACAUGUGCGAGCAAGUGUGUAGAUGGAAAGAAGAACCUGGGACUUCAGAUGGGACCAAUAUUGGUUUAAACGAGGAGAUUCCAAACAUCGAUGUCGAUCCGAUCACUGAAGAACGAGCAUCGAGGACUCUUUACCGCAUCCGACUUCUUGAUAAGAUCCGAACUGAAGUCCUCCCGCAUCCAAAACUAAAGGAGCGCCUCGCUCUUUGUCAGAGGAGUCCGGAGCUUCCCAUUUGGUGGCGCUCCGGAGUUCAUGAUCACGAACUUCUCGUUGCAAUGGACAGACAUGGUGUAACACGAACUGAGAUCCAUACAUUGAACGACGCAAGUUUAUCUUUCCUCAACUCCAUGCGAGAAUACGAAUCGAACCCAACAGCUUUCAAACAACAGAUACUUGCUGAGGAAAAAGCGGAAUUAGAAAACUUGAUGAAGAUCAUGAAAAAGGAGGAAGAGGAAAAAGCAGCUAUCCUGAAAGCUGAAGAGGAGGUUAAAGCAUCAGAACAACCUCCAGAUGCUCCUGAAAGCAAAGAUGUUAAGGUCGAGGAAAAGAAGGUGAAACAGGAGAAAGAUGAAGAGAUGGAAGUUGAUCCGGGUGUUGCAAAAGAUGGGGAGGAGGGGAACAAAGAAGAGAAAGUGGUUAAGGAUGUUGAAAAAGAUGGAGAAGAUAAAAAGGUUGAAAAAGUUGGGGAAGAUGUUGCUCCACCUCCUGUUGAGAACGAUGAUAAAAUCAAUGAAGAUCCUGAGAAGUCCUCGGAAGAUAUGGAUGUUUCAAAACCCACAGAAGAGGUUGCAGAAGAUCCUCCUGUGGAAGUUGCUCCUAAAAAGGAUGAAGUCCGGGAAGAUAAAAAAGAAGAGGAUGCAAUAAAGGAAAAAGAUGACCCUCAAUCUGCUCCUGAAUCCUCCCUCAAGGAAGAUGUUCCUGAAGAUCAGCAUCCAGUAAAAGAUGUUGCAGUUGCUCCAGAGGAUCAAAAAGAUGAAGAAGAGUCUUCUGUUGCUCCCAAAGAGGAUGCAGAACAGCUGGAUGUCGGUAAGGAGGAGGCGAUGAGUCCUUCUGAUAAAGAGGUUGCCGACAUCAGCUCUAAAGAUCAGAAACCGGAAGAGACUGAAGAAAAGAAGGAUGAUGAGGUCACCAAACAAGAAGAUGUAAAAACAGACGAGAUUUUACCAGAAGAAAAACAAUCUCCUGAUGAAGGAAAAGAGAAAACAUUGGUGAAAGAAACAGAAAAGGACAAAAAGGAAUUAGAUUUGACUCCCGUUCAAAUGUCUUUGCGAUCGAAAAAUAGUAACCCAAUGUCACAAGAUUUGUUCAACGCCAUCAAUUCAAGUUACGGAGGUUUCCUCAUGUCUUCUAUGAUGUCACAAUCAACCUCGGGAAGAUGGCCUAAGGACCGGGUCCUUAUCCAGCGGGUGGAGCAAGUGUGCUACUGUAUAAUGAAUGGGGAGUGGCCAUCACCUAGCCAUACCUUCCCAUGUGCAUUACCUGGGCAAAGUGGGUCCUUUAUGGGUCCAGGAACCCCUAGUUCUCACCCAUCGACCCCACUUUCUGAUGGCCGCAUCACCCCACUUUCAUCUGGGGCUUUGAGUUCGAACCAAAACACAAUCACAGCAACUACAGAUUACCUAGCUGCGAGUGAGAAACAGCUCCAAGCAGCCAUGGCACAAAUAAUGGCAGCAGGAGCAGCAGAACCUCCAAUGCGAUCCAGCUCCUCCAGGAGAGGUAGAAGGAGAAGAAGACCUGAUCCUCCUCAGUCCUCGCUUGCAGCCGGACUAUCUUUCCCAGCGCAAUCUCUCCCACCAAUGGACAAAGCAUUGCAACGUAAGAUCGAGCAAUUAAUGGCAGCGAGCAACCCUGGUUUAUCUUUUGCCUCGUCAUCAACGACUCAACAAAAUCCACUUUUUGCAACACAGAGUGGAAAAUACUCCAGUGGUUCCAGUAAGUCAACUUCCUCAAGUAAAGAAGAAGAAUUAGGAAACAGUUCGGCAUCACUGCUUGCCAAUCUAAGGGAGAUGGCAAAGUCGGAGAGCAAAGAGUCCUCUUCCCGAGGUCGUCCAAGAUCAAACUCCGGGUACCGACAUCUCUCCUCCUCCCCCUCCCAAUCUCGCUCCAAGGAGUCCUCUUCAUCUAAACAGAGUGAUGCGAUGAAGAUGUUUCUUCCAACUCCGGAGCAACUUAUGUCCGGAGCAAAUAAUCCAAUCCAACAGGUGAUGCAAGAUGCAAUGAAGGCAGGAGUUGAUCCGAUGACGGCAGCUGCUGCGUUUCUUCCGCUCUUUCCGAUGCUUGAUCCAUUCCAGAUGAUGAACAAACCGGAGCACUCGGCUCUUCCCAUGCUUCCUCCCAACGAGAUGGAGAAGCUGCUGAAGAGCAUGGGAUUGCCUCCAGAGCUUGCGUUAAUGCAAGGAUUCCUCCCAGGAGCAAUGCUGCCUCCUGUGUCCUCUGGUAAGAGCAAAGAUCAAGAUCCUCCGGAACCAAAGCCUUCCUCAUCUUCGGAUGCAGGGAAAUCUCGGGAGAAAGAGUCUUCAGAGAAAAGCAUCGCUAACAUGCUUGGGGAGAAGAGGACAACUCCUCAGAGGCGAGGAGGAAGCAAACUGGACGCCAUGUUUGGAGGAGGAAAGAUGGAAGAAGAUAGUCCAGGAAAAUCAUCUGGGAAGAAAGCGCGGAAGUCCAAGUUUGUAUCUCCUGCCAUGUUACCCAGGGACACACGGAUACCUGUGCAUAAUAACACAGAGGGUGUACGGCUGUCAGGAGAAGAAGCUCCGUUGAAUGAAGACCUUGCAGACUGGCUUAAGGACAACUCAGGUUUUGUGGUUGAUUACCAAGCCUUACGUCAGCAACUUGAUGAAAGUUCUGGAAAGAAGACCGACUCUUCGGAGACCCUCCUUGAGAUGAGUGGUCAAGAAAGUGAUCCCAUGAUUAGUCCCAAGCCCCCAACUUCACCCAAAUCGAGGGAAAACCCUAGCAAAAGCCAUGAGAUGCUUGCAGAGGCUGAUAAGCUCUUAAAGGACGCAGAAAAACUUGCUCUAAGCGCGACGAGGAAUCAAAUUGAGAGCAACGCUGAUGAAAUGAGGUUUACAAAGACUCCUGAGAAGCACAGGUCAUCUUCCGACUUUGCUCUUCCCACAACGACUGCUCCUGUAUCCUCCGGAAGAUCCUCUGCCUCCUCCUCAAUGAAGCAACAGCUAUCGGAUCUUGCUCUCCUCCAACAAAUGAACUCCGGAGCGCUCGGAGUUGACCCCACCAACCCUUUGUUUAGUCUACCACCGGAGGUUCUAAACAACCUCGCAAAUCUCCCACCAGACAUUGCUGCGUUGCUUGCUGGUGGAUUAUUACCACCGGGUGUCACCCCUGAGAUGCUCAUGGGGGUAAAACCUCAAGGAAGCCCUCGUGUGACCGAGGAGAAACACUCGAGCGAUCAAGCGAGCCCGUCGAGGUCCUCUACCCCUAGUCGAGCUUCCCCCUCACAAAGACAUAGUCGACCCCGCUCGCGACCCAAUAACCCCGACAAGGGCCCCCCCUCAGACCCCUCACAGUUGACAGGGGAAGAGAGGGUGACAGUGGUCAACCUUACUUCAGGAAAGAAGUUAAGUGGAAGACACGCCCCCGAGCUACAAACCCUUGCCGAUUACUUGCGUGUUUACCCCGAUGUGGUGGUGUCUCCUGAUUGGUCAAAUAUUAUUCGAAAAUCGAAAUUUCUCCCAAAAGAGCUCCACACCCGUCUCCUUCCAUCUCAAUCACCAACCUCCAAGUCAUCCUCAUCCUCCUCCCACUCGGUGUCCUCAGCGAGCAGUAAUGCCACCGCAUCGGCCGCAGCACUAGCUGGCCUCCCUCCUGGAGCAGCAAACAUGUUCCCUGGUUUAAUGCAAGCACAAGGUAUGAUGAUGCCGGACCCCAUGCAACUUAUGGCUGCUUUGCAAGGCCAAGGACAGAUGAAUGAUUUAAAGGCUCUCACAGCAGCAGGGUUUCCAAUGCUACCAUUCUUUGGAGGUAUGCCAAACCCACUUUUAGGUGGAGGAUUUCCUGGACAAGAUCCUGCCACUGUUGCUGCUAUGGCUGCUCUCUCCCAAGGUCACAAUCCCACUCCCUCCUCUUCCUCCUCCUCAUCAUCAAAGAAAGAAACAAGAGUUUCCUCCCAUGAGAGGGAUGGAAGCAGAGGCCGGAAGAGCAAGAAGCACAAUGAGCGAGGCAGCAGUGGAAACAGAUCUUCGAGUUCCUCCACCAAACAAUCUUCUUCUUCCUCGUAUAACGAUCCAAUGGCUGAAGCUCUUGCCGCAUUACAGAGGGGUGGAGGGGGAUUCCCAGGAAUCGCAAAUCCCUUUCUUGCUGGGGCAGGGGGAAACCCCAUGUUAUUCCCCCACAUGAUGAUGGGGUCACAGAAUCAGGGUUUAAAUAAUUUGCUCGGACUUCCCAUGGACAUAAUGAACCCAGAGUUAUUUGCAGCUCAGAUGGCUGCCUUUGGUGCAAUGCCGGGGCUCGACGGAAACGCCAAACCUCCUACCUCGUCCACCACCAGUGGCAGUAGUGGGCAAUCAAAGAGCGAGGGUAAGGAACAGAGGAAGGGAUCAACAUCAACAUCCGGAUCUUCUUCCUCCAAGCAUAAGGACAACCAGGGAGGAGGUCGGAUGAUGUCACCGUAGCCAAUCACGUGGUGCAGACGAGCAGCCAAUGGAUUUGACGCAAUUUGGGGGUGGGGCCACCAAGGAUCGUCAGUCCCCGGAUAAACACAAACAUUGAAGACGUACGUGAUGACGUCAGCACCAUGAGCGAUGACGUCACAUCGUGGCGGUAUUUAUUUGUUCUUGAAAAAGUUCUUGAUUCGAGGUUGUUGUAGCUUGAGUCUGGCUCCAUGUCGAACCGGUAUUGAUCGGUUUGAACUGCUUUGAACCGGUACCAACCGACUUGCGUGUACAUUUGUAAAUAGCCCGUGCAUUCCAUGUCCACCCCAUGACCUGCGCACCCAAAAACUCCUGCCGCCGUAUUUUCCUUUUUCGCUACUCUCGCUCCACCUAACCGUCAGAUGCAGUUUGUACAUAAUCACGUGACAACCGACUCGAAAGGAAAAUUCGCCAAGAUCUUGCUCUCGAAUCAAAAUCAAUCGCUCGUGACGCCACAAGCAACCUUUGUGACGUCACGAAACCCGUGACCAAAUCUUCGCUGUAGAAUGAAGUAUUUACGCAGCCGAGUCCUCCUGUAUACUGUACCAUAGUCGCAUGUACUUCAGAUGUCGUGAAAACUCCUUUCUUUCUGUACCUGCCGCUGCUGGCCUGCGUAAACCGCGGGAGACACCUCUGUUCGCCGUCGGCGCCCGCGGAACCCUAUUAAGUUGAUUCCCAACUCUUUUCUGUUCGCUUUUACUUGUGUGCGUCAAUCAGCGGACUUAAUGAAAUAAAAUGCUCAUGUGAAAUGUUA